CCGGUCCCGGAGAGGAUUGGCCACCGGUGGAUAGAUAGAUAUGGGCAGAGAGUUGUGUGGCACGGCACGCAUGCAGAUGCCGGCAGGCAGCAGCUCCUUGGGUAGCUCCGUCUAGUUUGACCUUCUUCUUCUUCCUCCUCCCUUUCCCCUGCAAAUUGAGCGAGAAAAGUAAACAGGAGAGGGUAGGGGAGCUCCCCCGGCGUUGACUUGGCGUCUGCCCGCCUGCCUGUCCGGAUCUGUGGUAUCCCGCGGCUCAACGGCAGGCCACAUGAUCCAGCCUACAGUCCAGCAAGAACACGGGAGGGCAAAUUAAUCUGCAGCAAGUAGUAGCAGCCACGAUCUCCCCGAGAUCCCGCGCCAUUAAUCCCGCCCCACACCUUCCUUCUCCUCCUCCCCACGCAUGCGCUGCUCGUAGUGCAAGCGCCUAAUCUGACGCCGCCGCGACCGAUCGAGAGUCUUGACCGGCGGGGAGGGGUCGAUGGAUCCGAACAUGGCCGGGCACACCGGGGACAGCCCGUUCCUGCUCUCGCCGUCCACGGGGCGCGCCAUGACCCCCUCCGCGUCCUACGACGGGAAGCCGGCGGCGGCGGAGGCGGGGGACGCCGGGGCGGAGUUCGUGCUGGAGUCCAAGGGCACGUGGUGGCACGCGGGGUUCCACCUCACCACGGCCAUGGUGGGCCCCACGGUGCUCACGCUGCCGUACGCGCUCCGGGGCAUGGGCUGGGCGCUCGGGCUGUCGGCGCUCACCGCCGUCGCCGCCGUCACCUUCUACACCUACUACCUCAUGUCCCGCGUGCUCGACCGCUGCGAGGCCGCCGGCCGCCGCCACAUCCGCUUCCGCGAGCUCGCCGCCGACGUCCUCGGGUCCGGGUGGGUGUUCUACGCGGUGGUCACCGUGCAGACCGCCAUCAACGCCGGCAUCACCAUCGGCAGCAUCCUCAUCGCCGGCAACUGCCUCCAGAUUAUGUACGAGAGCUUGGCGCCGAAUGGUACCCUGAAGCUGUACCACUUCAUCAUCAUCGUCGCCGUCGUGUUGUCUCUCUUCUCGCAGAUGCCGUCAUUCCACUCGCUGCGGUAUAUCAACCUCGGGUCCCUGGUCCUAGCCUUCGGCUACACCAUCCUCGUCUCCGGCGCGUGCAUUCGGGCAGGUAUGAUGAGCAAUGCUCCGGUGAAAGAUUACUCGCUGAGCCCAUCAAAGUCCGGGAAGAUGUAUGACGCCUUCCUCUCCAUCUCCAUCCUCGCCACCGUGUUCGGCAACGGCAUCCUGCCCGAGAUCCAAGCCACCCUGGCGCCGCCGGCGGCAGGGAAGAUGGUGAAGGCGCUGGUGCUGUGCUACACUGUGGUCUUCUUCACCUUCUACCUAUCGGCCAUCUCCGGCUACUGGGCCUUCGGCAACAAGGUGCAGUCCAACGCGCUGCAGAGCCUGAUGCCGGACUCGGGGCCCUCUCUGGCACCGACAUGGCUCCUCGGCCUUGCCGUCGUGCUCGUCCUCCUCCAGCUCCUGGCCAUUGCGCUGGUGUACUCGCAAGUGGCCUACGAGAUCAUGGAGAAAGGGUCGGCCGACGCGGGCCACGGGAGAUUCUCAUGGCGGAACCUGGCGCCGCGGGUGGCGCUGCGGACCUUGUACGUUGCGGCGUGCGCAUUUGUGGCGGCGGCGCUGCCGUUCUUCGGUGACAUCGUGGGCGUGGUCGGCGCCUUGGGGUUCAUCCCGCUCGACUUCGUGCUCCCCGUCGUCAUGUACAACAUUGCGUUGGCCCCGCCUAAGAGGUCGGCGGUGUAUGUAAUCAACGUGGCGAUCAUGGCCUUGUUCACCGGUGUUGGGAUCAUUGGCGCCAUUGCGUCCGUGCGGAAGCUUGUGCUCGACGCCGGACAGUUCCAGCUGUUCAGUGACCAUGUCAUCAGCUGAAUUAUUUUCUUGCCGCAUAUGUAGAACAUUUUAUCAUUUUUAGGGGAAUUUCUUGUUAUAGCUCAGGUAAAGUAGGCCGGUCAAAGCCCAUCAACUACACAAACUGUGUCAUCAAAUAUAUGGUUCCGUGUUACAAUAUGCCGAAUAUUUGUCUGAGCAACACCGAAAGAAAUUCUGGUAUAUCUGUGUUUCUGUAAUUGGCUCAAAAAAUGAUUUGACAACUAUAAAUAUUCAUGGUCUCUCAGCAAA